AUGAUCCGCGGGGCCACCGGAGUCGGCCUCAGCCUUCGACCUCCCCCUCCCCCCGGGCCUGAGCCCCCCCUUCAUCCCCCCUCAAACCUCCCAACACCACCACAGACCCCUUUGUCUCGCCCCGCCCACCGCUGGUCGUCCAAUGGAACUCGUUCUCGCUCGCCCGCCACCCGCUCCCGCUCCCGCUCCGCGCACGCGUGUCCCCACGACAUCGCGACAAUGCUCAUUGUUUCAUACAAGUCUCAUUUCGUUUUGCUCCGCUCAAUCUCAUCGGGAGGCUGCCGGCCGCGCCUCCCACCGAGCGAUAAUUUCAAUGUCGCCACGUAUAUUGUGAUAUUGACUGAGAUUCCAACAGCGGAAUGUUUUCGCAUCUCCUUCGCAUUUCGUCAGAGCUACUCAAUAAGCAAUAAACUAUCCGCCUCCGAGAAGUUAUUUUAA